CGUCAAUCAAGCUAUUUGAUCCAAUGCGGCGUUAAUACGUCCAUAACAACAAAAACGACCCCUCCCCCCCUAAAUCCAUCAAGCCAAAGCCACUCCCAAGAAAUGCACCAACCGUUUUGUAUAGAGGAUUGAGUAGGAACAAUACUGAAAAAUGAAAAAUACUGGUUUUUCAACUCCCAUCAGAGUUGGGAUUCAGAGUAUCACAGGUUUUAGAAAGAGAAUUCAAGCAUUUAAGUCAGAGCUGGUUUGCUGCUACACUUCUUCACUUGGGACGUCUGCAGCUUGUCCAUCGCCAAAGUCACUCACUGCCUCAGAUUUUCGACGAUGUAGGAUGCAUACAGAUCCCUACAAUACGUAAUAGUAAUA